AUGUUUAACCGCUCGGUCGCUCGUUCGGGCAUCAAGGCACUUAAUACAACAUCCCGCCCAGCAACACGCUCAACAUUCAUCCGCCCACUCUCCUACACAACAGCUCGCGCUAACAAAAAAAAUGACCCCAAGAAUGACCCCAACCUAGCUGCCACCAACAAAGCUCCCGAGGGCGCUUCCGGCGAACAUGAGGGCCAAUUCGCCCGUACCGAUGAAAGUGUGCAGAUCGAGUAUCCGCCCGACAGCGAGAUGCCCGCCCAGCCCGUCGUCCAGGGCCGUGGUGGCAUGCAUUUCAAGCGCACACUGGCUCAAUUCUCGCUCGAGAAUAAGGUCAGCAUGGUGACCGGUGGUGCGCGUGGUUUGGGUCUAGUUAUGGGUCAGGGAUUGGUGGCCUCGGGCUCGGAUUUGGCUAUUGUCGAUCUGAACAAGGCCGAGGCCGAAGAGCAGGCCCAGAAGCUUGUCGAACAGUUCCGCAAAGAGAACCCGGGUCUAGAGGAAAUGCCAAAUGUCACAGCGCACUACGCCGACGUCGCAAACCCAGACUCGGUUAACGAAGCUCUCGCCGAAGUCCUAGCUAAACACAAGCGCAUCGAUAACCUCGUCACAUCCGCCGGUUUCACCGAGAACUUCGACGCAAUCAGCUACCCAUUCGACCGCAUGAAGAAGCUCUGGGGCGUCAAUGUCGACGGUACAUACCUUUUCGCUACGGGCGUGGCCAAGCACCUGAUGGAGCGUAAUGCUCCUGGAAGUAUCGUCAUGAUUGGAUCCAUGUCCGGCUCUAUCGUCAACGUACCCCAGCCCCAGGCACCGUAUAACGCGGCCAAGGCGGCGGUGCGCCAUCUAGCGGCAUCGCUGGCUGUUGAAUGGGCUGGUCAUGGUAUUCGGGUUAACUGUAUCAGCCCUGGUUACAUGUUGACUGCUCUUACCCGCAAGAUCCUCGAUGAGAACCCCCAGCUCCGUGAUAAGUGGACAUCCCUCAUUCCCGUUGGUAAGAUGGGAACCCCUGAGGACCUGAUGGGUGCCGUGACCUUCCUGCUUAGCGAUGCCUCCAAGUAUAUCACGGGCGCGGAUCUCCGUGUCGAUGGCGGAUACACCCUUACUUAG